AUGGCCAAAAAACCCGCGUCUCACUCGGCCGCCACAAAGACUUCAGGAGCCAAACCAUCACCAGCAGGACGAACUCCCGCGGGCCCCGUCUCCUCUCCUCCCGCCACUGCCGGAAAACCUCAAACGCAGAGUUCAUUAUCACCUCGCUCCUCGCCGCAAGAAAUCAUCGUCCAUGUAUGGAAUAAAUACCUUCAGGAUACUCCAUCGCGGACAAUGCUGCUGGACGUCUUCAUGGCCUUCCUUGUGGUCAUUGGUGUGAUACAAUUUCUCUAUUGCGUAUUGGCAGGAACCUAUCCGUUCAAUGCCUUCUUGUCUGGCUUCUGCGCCGCAGUCGGCCAAUUCGUUCUCACAGCCUCACUACGCAUGCAGACCUCGGAACGACCACCCCUGGGUGCAUCCUCAGCUGCGAAGAAACCCACUGGCAAACCGAUCGAUGGUGUCAGUGAAGAGCUGGUCGAAGAUGGAAAGAUCAGUACGGAGAGAGCGUUUGCGGAUUUUAUCUUUGGGAGUCUGAUCCUGCACGGGUUUUGUGUCAAUUUCAUCAACUAG